AUGCCGAGGGGGGUGAAGCGAGGGCAGGCGGAGGGUGAAGCAGAGGUGGUGGUGCGCGUUGGGGCGUCUCCGUCGCACACCACUCUACUGGAUGAUAGCCCUAGUCAGCCCAUCAGCUACCACCUACUCGAUCAUGGCUAUGGUGCCACGCCACAGCAUCAAAUACGGCGCGAGGCCCCCUCGGCACCGCCGAAGACGUCAGAAGCGGUGAAAAGAAGACUGAAUCUGAGUGAAAGCAGUUCAGGCAGUCAGGGGCACGUGGUGCCGAUGAAGGCCGACUUUAAAACUCCAAAGCAGAAACGCGUCAAAGUGCUCACGCCCUACAGCCGACCGUCCAGUUCUAUGAAAAAAUACACAGAACGCUCCAGGUUUGACACAUCAUUAGGUCUACUUACAAAAAAGUUUGUUGCGUUACUUAAGUCAUCGCCAAAUGGAGUGCUCGAUUUGAACAUUGCAGCGGAACAGCUUUCAGUUCAAAAGCGUCGCAUAUACGAUAUCACGAAUGUGCUAGAGGGCAUAGGAAUAUUAGAGAAAAGAUCGAAAAAUAAUAUACAAUGGAAGUGUGGCGCGGGCGGGUGCGGGGGCGCGGGCGAGGAGGCGCGUGCGCGGCGGCUGCGGCGCGAGGUGCGCGCGCUGAGCGUGCGCGAGGCGCGAGCCGCGCGGGCCGUCGCCGUCGCCGAGCACGCGCUCGCCACGCUCUCGGCGGACCACGGCGCGCUCGCCUACAUCACCUACGCGGACCUGCGCUCCAUCGACGACUUCCGCAACCAGACCGUCAUACCGAUCAAGGCGCCGCCCGACACCAGGCUCAGCGUACCUCAUCCAGACGAAAAAGGCUACAUGAUCCAUUUGAAGUCAAUGUCUGGAGAAAUUGAAGUCUACCUCUGUCCUAAAGAGCGACCCUCUUCACCACCUCCAUCAGCAGGCUUGUUGCCACCUGACCCACUCCUAGAAGACAACAAAGCUUUGUUAGCACCACUUAUAGCACAGUUGCAGACCGUACCUUCAAUUUCUGUAACUGCGGACUUCACAACACCCAUCAAACGUGAGUCAGACGACGAGGAGCACUUAUCACGGAGCCUUGUGGUGCGUACGCCGUGCGUGACGGAUCCGACGCUCCCGCUGGCCGCGUCGCUCGGCGCGACGCUUAGUUCAACUCUCGGUACGGCGCUCGGCUCGAGCUCAACGCUCGGAUCGACGCUCGGGGUGUCGCUCGCCACGCCGCUCAGCACGCCUCGACGGCCCACGCCUACAUCGACGCCGCACCCGUCGCCGCUGCUCUCCACUCCAGAUAUUGGUAGUGCUCGAGGUCGUCUCCGUAACGCUUUAAUAGCGGAUAGUGAUGACUUCGCGCCCAUAAUGGGCGGUGGUCGCUUCCAAAUGCAGACUGAAGAUCAGGAGUCAGAACCUUUGGAGCCGUUCCUAGCAUUGGAGCCACCAAUGUCGGGCACCGACUACGGCUUCUGUCUCGACCACGACGAAGGCUUAUCAGAACUUUUCGACUUCGAGUUUUAG